GAGACGUAAGAUGGGCUAAUAGUACACUAGUAGUUUUGAUGGAAAGUAUUAUAUUGAAGUAUUUUAUUCUAUAUUAGAAUAAACCGUUUAGUUUUGUUUUCACAUUUAAGCAGUUAUGAUAGGCUCAUUAUUAGUUACAUAUUCAUUUUGUUCAUGUAAUGUAUGCAAAAACAGUAAUUCUGUGCGUAAUUCUUAUCGCACUGGCACUUGUAUUGCUAAUAAUGAUGGAUAGACUGGGCUCAUUUUUUGGAAUAGCAUUUUGUGGUGUUUUAUCAUUUUGUGGUACAACGAUAGCUAUCCGACAGCUUCUUAUGAGAUAUGAUACCAGAUGCCCUUCAACUCAAAAUUGUUCCGAACAACAACAGAGAUCUGCACUUGACAGAGGAAAUGUGACAAUUAAAAUUAAUGCGAAUUUAUUGGAUUGGGUAGAAACAGUACUUUUAGAACCUGAAGAUGUUCCAGUUCCAUCAGACUCGCAAACUUUUUUGCAUGAAACUGUGCAGUGUUUUGAUGUAAAUCAUCCAGGGAGUGAAUCUCAGAAAGACGAGCAUAUGAAUUUCACCAGUGUUUGUAGUGGUUCCAAUAAUUACAUGAAAGAGGUCAGAGUGUUUGUUCAUAAUAUAUCUUGCUACUACAUAAAAUCAUGGUAUUUUCAUUUAAGCCAGGACAGAGAAUUUCCAGAUGAAAUUGGUGACAUACUUGAAGAUGUAUUGUUUGCAGCAGGUACAAAGUUAUCUAAAUUAAAUGUUUCAUUAUUAUUUCAUGAAAUUUUGCUCUGUUGCCAUCAGCAUUUCUCAGUUUACCUCCGAGCUCUAGAAAUGCUUUCUGAAAAUGAGAAAAAGCAAAGGUUGGCUGACUAUACUGCUUUUGACUCUAAGAUUGAAGAAGCUAUUCUGGUAACUCAUGCAGCUGUGUUAAACCAAGAAGCAGAACACAGUCAUCUUACAACUCUCAGUACUGGAAUAGUUAAGGUUCUUGCUCCUCCAGAUGUCCUUGGCUGUCCUCUUGUCUCUACUAUUCUGAUUGAUAUAAUUGCCCACAAAGUUCUUCUUCCUUUAGUCCAUCGUCUUGGGGAUCCCAAUUGGUUAAACUGGAUCAUCUUUACUUUUUUAUCUGAAGAAAUAACACAUGAAGAAACUUCUAGCAUUAGGAAAAGGGAUUUUGUGGAGAUGACAAGCAAUCAAAAUUUUGUGUCUGAUGAUCAUCAUUCAUCAUUCUCUUACAAAUCUAUUCCCAAACGACAUGUAGACUCAGAUGCUGUUAGUCAAGAAACUGAACCAACAACUAGAGAUUCUCAUAAUGUAAAAUUACACUUGAACUUAAGAAGUGGUGCAAUUAAUAAAAAAAAGGAUUUACAAUCAGUGAAAAUUAAGCCAUUUAUUAAUUCAGGGCAAGAAGUUAGACACCAAGAUGAUACUGAUGAUGAGAAUGAAUACCUAGAAGUUCGACUACGGAACGUCACAACUAGUCCAGGAGUGACCAGGAAGGAACCUAGUUCAGAGUGGGAAGUCUGGAGUGUGGAUGUUUCAAAACAAACUGAAAAACACCCACUCAAUCUUUCACCAGGAAUGUCUUGUAUAAAACCUGGCACGCCAACAGUACUAUUAACAUCACCAGAUGAAGAGAAUCAGCCUGUUUCAGUUGAACCUGUUGUUUCCCGAACUCAGAUUAAGAGGUCUAAAAGUCUUGAUAUAAUUUCUCAAGUCAUUCCUCGUCUCACUCAGGUUCUUCCAAUUCGUGAUGGUAAUACAGACAAUGAAUGUGAAAAAUAUAAACUAAAGAAAGGUAAUGCUAACUCAUUGCCCCGAGCCAUACAAGACAUUUCUCCACAGAAAGAAAAAGGAGAAAUAGAACCCACAGAAAUUGCCAGUGAAGCAAUAGAGUCAGAUUCUUUACCAAGCCUGUUUACCGAUAUUUGUAUUAAAAGCACUGAACAACAACAUGAACCUGGAAGAGGACCUUUUACUCUAUAUUGCAUUCAUUACGAAGCUUUGUAUAUUUUGAGUCCCGAUGACGAUGGCGAAGAUCAGACUCAGUUAGUUAAGCACGCAUCAACAGUGAAGCGAAGAUUUCGAGAAUUUCUCACUUUGCAGUCUCGUCUUGAAGACAACAAAGUAACCUGUAAACAUUUGAAAGGGAUCAAAGGACCAAGCAAAUGGUUAGCAACUCCGUUUUAUGCAUUGGACAAAAAGAACAUAGAAGAAAGGAGAGUAUUUCUUCAGUCUUAUCUGGUGAAAUUGUGCAGUCGAGAAGUAGUUGCUAACUCUCCUGAGUUGAAAGAGUUUCUUGCCUAUGGUAUUGAUGCCAGUAUUGCUUACGUAAGGAAAGCCAAUGAAGUUGGUGUUCCAAGGAUUGACAAAAUGUUUGUUCGGGGAGUGAAGGGGGCAAUAGAUUUAAUCCGUACGGCACUGCCUAGUCUUCCGCAGGACAUGAAUGAAAACAUUCCAGAUUUGCCAGGGGAAAAGUAUGGUCAAACAAAGUCACUGUUGCCUGUUUUUGGAAGAUCACGUGCAGAAGAACGUCGUCUCGACAUUGAAUUUCAGUAUCUAGACGAGAAAACAACCAAUUUGGAACACCAGAUGUACAAGUACAUAAACAGUUUUGAGUCAGCCUCAUCUCCCGAUAUAUCACCCCCUCUGUCUCCUCAAAAUCAGCCACGGACUCUGUCCCUUCUAAGUCGAAACAAGUCUGGAAAAGACAAACUUCUGUCAAGAAUUGAUUCAAAGACGUCUAUGGAGAGUAGUAGAAUGCUUCUCAGUGAAAGCAGUGUACAGGAGAGUGUGGAUAAAGUAGAAAAAGUUAAACGAAGAAUCAAAAAGGAAGUUCCACUUGCUAGUGCAGUGAUUGACUUGGGUCUUCUUACCAUUACUGACUCUAAUUACAAGUAUAGGAAAUCAAAUGUCGUUUUGGUACUUAAAAUCUUGCUAGGCCAGUUAUUGAACAGAUGGUUGGAGAAGAAGCUAACAAAGAUCACUACCCAAGAGCAAUGUGCUCAGUAUUUACACCUUCUUCAUGAAGCUCUGUGGCCCAAAUCAGAGAACAAUGAAAAUAGUGUACCCCAGCAAGAUCUGGCUUUUCAAGCACUGAAAUCAUUUUUUUCAUUUCUUACUCCUGUAGUAUUUUCUUCCUCGCAGUAUGAAGAAAGCCUUUCUUUGCUUUUAGGAUCUCUUCAGAACGAAAAGCUGAAUAAAUGCCUGGUUUACCAUCUACUGGACAUUUUGGUUGAUAUGAUCACGAGUCAAGACACCUAGAAGUCUUCUGUUUCACCACUCUUGUUCCACUGCCUAGUUAUGAAGACUGUGUGUGAAUUUGUAUAAUGUGCGGAAUUGCGUGAUCAACAUUGAAGCUUAUUUUCCUAUUGAACAACUUAUUGUCUUGUAUUAAUAUAGUUAAAAAACAUUGUGUUUUGUAUUGGAAAAGAGAUGAUGGGCAUAAGAUGAAGAAUUUAAAAAUACCCCCACCCCCCAAAAAAAAAAGACAGAACAAGGUGAUAUUACAUUCCUGUUUUAAAACUAUUGACAAUGAUAUGUAACUACUUUUAUCUUCAUUUGUAACCUUUUUUUUUCCAUGUAGUA